AUGGCCCUCAAACCAGGCGACUCCUUCCCCUCCGACGUGGUCUUCCAGUACAUCCCCUGGAGCGAAGAAACCGCCGAUGCCAAAGCCUGUGGCAUCCCUAUCAACUAUAACGCGUCGACCGAAUGGGCGGACAAGAAGGUGGUUCUGUUCUCUGUGCCGGGGGCAUUCACCCCGACCUGCUCCGUCAACCAUGUGCCAGGAUACAUCCAGAACCUUCCUCGAUUGAGGGAAAAGGGCGUGCAGGUCGUAGCUGUCGUGGCAUCGAAUGACCCCUUCGUUAUGAGUGCCUGGGGCAAGGUCAAUGAGGUCAAGGGGGAUGAUAUCUUAUUCCUAUCUGAUCCCGACGCACGCUUCUCCAGCAGUAUUGGCUGGGCGAAUGGGCCCCGCACGGGUCGGUAUGCGAUUAUCAUCGACCAUGGAAAGGUCACUUAUGCGCAGGUGGAAACGGAGAAGGGAGUGGUUAAGGUAUCUGGGGCGGAUGCCGUGUUGGCGCAUUUGUAG